AGAGGGGAUAAAAACAUCACUGUUAGGCAGCAAAAGUUGCAGACCGCUCCUCUCUGGAAGUUAUCUGGAACCACAGCAAGGGUCUUACCGACAGAAUGUCUGACCUGGAGAACGCGAUGGUCACAAUUAUUGAAACUUUUCACAAAUAUAGUGGACGAGAGGGAGAUAAGCUGAAAUUGAAGAAGGUGGAACUGAAGGAGCUCAUUAACAACGAGCUCUCCAACUUCAUUGGUGACAUCAAAGACCAAGAAACCCUAGACAAGCUGAUGGAAAGCCUGGACACCGACGGUGACGCAGAGUGUGAUUUUCAGGAGUUUGUCGCUUUCAUUGCCAUGGCAACUGUGGCUUGUCACGAGUUCUUUGUCCAGGAAGACGAGUAAGCAGGUCACACAGCGGCUCAAUGGAACUGGAAGCUUAAAAGCAUAGCAGGGCACUGCCGACACUGCAGAAGUAAUAAGCAGCUCCAGGCAGGCAUGCCGCUUGCAAACUAACCUUCGCCUCCGUUUAAUUGUGAAGAAGCCCAUUAUCUUGCCUAACGCACAGGGUUUCAACCACACACACUGAUGGAGCAGCACUAAUUCCAAAAGCGAUGUAACUCGAUCCAGGGUGACAAAGGUUGUGGAAUGCCUAGAUUUGUUUAACCAAGUAAAGGAUUAACAAUGUCUCUUAGCGUAGAUGAAAGGCUGGAUCAGUGAAUGG